AGUAUUGUACAGGAGCCGGCCUAUGCUCCCUCCUCCGAUGACCUUUCGAUGUCUAUCAAUUUCUGGUUUCGGCGACCCUCGGCUUUGUUCUGUUGAUCUUGAUAAGGGCUCGUUGGUUUUUUCUGUUUCUUGUUCUGUUCGGUGCAGAUUCGGCGGCUUUCUUUCUCCUUCGACGGAUCUAUGGCGGCGCGCGCGGGGCAUCAGAUCGCCUCUCCUGCUAGUUCCAAGGGAUUGCUGCCGCCUGAUCGGGUUACCGCCCAGCAUCUUGAAGCCUGGCGCAAUUUCUUCAAGGGUAGAUAGAAGGGUGUCCCGUAUGGAUCGAUCGACCGAAGGCCGUGGUAUAUCCUGAGUCGUUCGUGGUUGUUCGAGUGCUGAGUGCACCUCCCUUCAGCCUCUGGAUAUGGGUCUACUCUGAUCUUUUGUUUCAGUUGUAUUUUACUAUUUGUUAUCUUUGUAGAUGUCAUAUGACGAUAUUUGUAAUGAAACCAUUUCGUUAUGUAAAAAAAAAAAAAAAAUUAGUAUUGUACAGUUUAGGCUAUAUAAUAAAGAAUUUUUUUUUCC